ACUUCGCGACGCAUGAGAAAGUCGACAAUUUUUGACGUCCUGUACAAUUUAAAAAAUUUCAAAUGAUACAGUAGUGCCAUCCAGAGGACAGGCUCCGAAGUUAAUCAGGGAUUUUGAAAACAAGAAAGUUGAGUUUUAUUUAUGUACUCUUAGCCUGGAUUUUUGAGUCAUUGAGCAAUCAAAAAUGUUAAAAAAUUAGUCGACGAACAAUUUGGUCGACGUUGCGUUCAAAUAUUCUUCUUAAUAACAUAGAUUUCGGCACUUUUUAAAGAACGGCCAUUUGCACAGUGGCGAUACGAAUGGUGCAAAUUAAAUUUUACUUGCAUUAACUUACUUUUCAAUGAUAUUAAAACUGGAUGAAAUUUCACGAUUAUAAUGUUAGAUUAAAAUAGAGAAGAGAUCUGUUAGAGUCUGUUAAAUUCAGCAUUAAUAAAAUACCAAUAUUAAUCACUGCCAUGCUUUCACGUGCGCACCUAGUACCUUUCCAAAUUUCCUGGUGUGUGUUUAUGUUUACAUGUUCUAUUCUAAGAUAGAAGAUACGCGUGACAAUGUGACACAUCUUUAUACGUAAUACAAAGGUUAACAUGUAUCACCUGAUUAUCUGGCAAUCGAAAAUUUGAUUGAAUAUGUAAAUAUCUACAAUCGUAAAUAAUUUUUCCACGUUUUGUCAGUUUCAAUUAAUUUGAUAAAUUAAAUGUGCUUUGAUCGAAUUUUUCUCCGUAAGUUUUUCUUCUUCGACGAUUGAUUAAAGUUCACGCAUAAUUUAAUCAAUGGAUAAUGACCUUUCCUUUAGGACAUCUAAUGCUAUUAUAAUGACUUGCUUACUGCCAAAGAAAUUCCUUAAUCAGAACUAUUUUACGAAUUUGUUGUCACGAUGUCAACCUUCCGAUUUUAUUCAGUAUCAUGGAUAUGCCACUGCUGUUUCCAUGAUUAGCAAAGGGCCAUUGUUUAUUUUAAAAAAUAAAAUAUCCAGAGGAGAGUUAAUAAAAGAUGAUCAUCAGUUGGAAGUUGCUCAAGUAUUGCAGGGCAUCUAUCAAGAAAUAGAUGGGUACAGACCAGUAGAGUAUAACUUAUUAGAGAAAUGGCUUGGUAAAAAGAAAAAGGAACCACCAAAAGGGUUAUACCUUUAUGGAGCAGUUGGUGGAGGUAAAACAAUGCUGAUGGACCUUUUUUAUCAAUGCUGUCAGAUUGAGAGCAAAAAGCGUGUUCAUUUUCAUGCUUUUAUGAUGGAUGUGCAUAGGAGAGUGCACGAAGUAAAAAAAACGAUGGUAAGAGAUACGAGCAGUACAAAGCUCCAACCAUUUGAUCCAAUACCACCAGUUGCUAGAAGUAUUACUGAAGAUGCAUGGCUGCUCUGUUUUGAUGAAUUCCAGGUAACUGAUAUUGCAGACGCUAUGAUAUUGAAACGAUUAUUCACCGAACUGUUUAAUAAUGGAGUGAUAGUAAUAGCAACCAGUAAUAGAGCACCAGAUGAUUUAUACAAAAAUGGAUUGCAGAGAGUAAAUUUUGUUCCAUUUAUACAGGUCUUAAAAAAUUAUUGUAUUGUAGAUUCCUUAGAAUCAGGAGUUGAUUACAGAUUGAGUACAGGAAGCACGGACAAAAAGCUUUAUUUCAUAAAAGGUGAAGAUGCAGUAAAUAGUGUAGAUACAAUAUUUAAAUUUCUAUGUUCAAAAGAGAAUGAUGUUGUGAGACCGCGAACUAUUUCCAUAAGGGGCCGUAACGUUACUUUUGAAAGAACUUGUGGUCAGGUAUUGGAUUCAACUUUUGAAGAAUUGUGUGAUAGACCACUUGGUGCUAGUGAUUAUUUGGAAUUGAGUCAAGCAUUUCAUACAGUCAUUAUAAGAGAUCUACCUCAAUUAAAUUUCCGUCUUAAAUCUCAAACUAGGAGAUUCAUCACAUUGAUUGACACAUUAUAUGAUAAUAAAGUACGUGUUGUAAUAUCUGCAGCUGUACCUCAUACAAAACUUUUUGAGCCAAAGAUAGAAAGUGAAUAUACAGAUGAGAAACGAAUGCUAAUGGAUGACCUAAAGAUAUCACAUGGAUCGGAUGAUUUUAAAUCAAAUAUUUUUACGGGUGAAGAAGAAAUUUUUGCUUUCGAUCGCACCGUAUCGCGACUUUCGGAAAUGCAAACAACACAGUACUGGGAUCAAUGGCAAAAUUAUAGAUAAUGAUAAACUAAAGAAAUUUUAAUAGCUGCAAUUAAUAUGAACAAUUUUUCUAAUGUAAUUGACUAAAUUAAAAGUUCUAGCUAAUGCGUAUAAAGUACAAUAAAUAUUGUCAAGUUCGAUGCAUUAAAUUUACGCAAUAUAUCUGUAUUAAAAGCUUCUUAGAUAUUUAAAAUAUUUAUUUCUACUGCAAUAUUUAUUUAGUUUUUAUCGAGUGAUAAAUGUACUAAUAAUAAUAAAGAACCAAA